AUCUGUUUAUAUGCAAUUUCACUUUUAUAAGUUUAACAUUACUUUUUUAUGAAAGACUGUAUUUGUUUAAAAGUAACUUUUUACGAAUAUAAUGUUAGCCUGUGAAGCACACGGCUGUCUUUCAGAUGAAAAUACGAAAGUCGACGGAAAAAAUAUUUUAUUGUAUCGUUUUCCUGAAGAAGUAGCUCAAAGGAAUGAAUGGUUCAAGAAUUGUCAAUUGAAUGAAAACAUUGAAAAUGAUAAACCACUUUACCUCUGUGAAUUGCACUUUGAUAAAACAAGUUUUAAUGAUUCAAAAGAGUUAAUUCCUAAUGCUAUUCCAACUAUUUUUGACAAAGUAGAUGAAGGUCAAAUUACAGAUGGUCAAAGAAAACGUAAGGCUGAAAGCGAACUCGAAGUUGAUUCACCUAAGGCUCCACUGGUGAAGCAGAAAAAAGUGGAUAGUGAUUCACAUAGUUUAGUGACUCCACCACAAAGUCCUUAUAUGCAAUUGGUAGAAAAUGAUGAUAAAAUGAAUGGAGAAAAUAAAAUGGAUAUACCGUCUGAUCAUGAAGUUUCAUUAAAUGGAUCUGCUCAUAUGAAACCUGAAUUAUAUCAAGAAGCAGUAAUAGGAAAAAAACUAUAUCGUUUAACAAUACAAAUAGAUAAAAUAUAUGGAAAACCAUGUCCAAAAUCAAAAAAACUUAGAGUACUGGCACAAUUAAUAAAAGGAAGCCAACAAUUUAAUGAAAAUAUGAAUAAUAUAAUUCAAGGAAAUCAGUCUUUAGAAAAGGUUAAUAGAAAGGCUAUUUGUGCAAAAGGUGGAUGUAAGUUAAAGAAGUCAAUAUAUGAUUCAAAGCCAGCAUUUCAAUGUGAACACUGUGAUAAAUAUUAUGUAAUGAAAAAAAGUGAUAGCCAAGAAGAGAAGAAUACUUGUACUAUAUGUCAUAAGAGUUUCUCAUCUUCACAAUCCUUGUACCUUCAUACUAAAACUCAUUUUGUAUGUGAUGUGUGCCAAACUGAAUGUAGUUCACAAGUGACUUAUGAUAAGCAUAUAAGAUUACAUGUUAGUACAGAUCCAUUAUAUCCAUAUAAGUGUCACCAGUGUACAGAAACAUUUGAACUUAAGGAAGACGUGAGACAGCAUUAUUUAAUUGUCCAUCCUACUAUAAAAUUGCAAAGCACUAUUCUACAAGUGACUGCACCAUCUUUGACACAGCAAAUACCUCAACAAGAUUACCGUUGUGUCAGUUGUAAUAUUACAUUUAGAAAUGAACAAGCCUAUAGGAAUCACAUAAGUUCGCAUAAAAAGAAAGAAGGCUUGAGGUGCAGUAUUAGUGAUAGUACCAAUAAUAUAUUUCCAGUACCUAAUCCAUUAACUGGUAGUCAAAUAGGUAUUCUUCGAGCUGUAAAAUUCAGUUGUAGAGUGUGUUCUAUGGAAUUUGAUAAUGUGGGCGAAGUUGAUAAACAUACUAGGACUCAUUUAGAAGAAGAUAGCGAGGAGGAACGCAAGUGCAAUAUCUGUAAAAAGUUAUUUAAAACGAGCACUCAACUCAACGAACAUUUAAAGUACCACUUGUCCCGUGCACACUCUUGUCCCGUAUGUUCCAAAGCUUUUAUUAACAGAACUACAUUAAAAAUACAUUUAAAAACACACGGUGAAUCAUAGGUUGUAAUUAAUUCAUUAAGAUAAUGAUUACGCGAAUGUAAUUCAAUUUCGG